UGUGAUACGGCACUCCCUCUAAGGUAUGCCUUACAUUUUCUCGUACAAAGCGGAAUUUCCUACUGUAUCAUGAUCAUAAUAGGCGUGGAGAACAUGCACAAAUAUUGUUUUCUGUUUGCUUUGGGAUACCUCACAGUGUGCCAAAUUACUAGAGUCUAUAUCUUUGAUUAUGGACAAUAUUCUGCUGAUUUUUCAGGCCCAAUGAUGAUAAUUACCCAGAAGAUCACUAGUUUGGCUUACGAAAUUCAUGAUGGGAUGUUUCGGAAGGAUGAAGAACUGACGUCGUCACAGAGAGGUCUGGCUGUAAGGCGCAUGCCAAGCCUCCUGGAGUACCUAAGCUACAACUGCAACUUCAUGGGCAUCCUGGCGGGCCCGCUCUGCUCCUACAAAGACUACGUCACUUUCAUCGAAGGCGGGUCCCACCACCUGGCGCAGCCGGGCGAGAACGGAAAAGAAGAAAUGCAGUGUGAGAGAGCGGAGCCGUCUCCAAACGUCGCGGUCACUCAGAAGCUUCUGGUGUGCGGACUCUCCUUACUGUUUCACCUGACCAUCUCCAACUCCUUACCCGUGGAGUAUAACAUCGAUGAGGAUUUUCAGGCUACGGCGUCCUGGCCAACGAGAGUCAUCUAUCUUUACAUCUCUCUUUUGGCUGCCAGACCCAAAUACUAUUUUGCAUGGACAUUAGCGGAUGCUAUUAACAACGCUGCAGGCUUUGGUUUCAGAGGAUAUGAUGAAAAUGGAACAGCUCGUUGGGAUUUAAUUUCCAAUUUGAGAAUUCAGCAAAUAGAGAUGUCAACAAGUUUCAAGAUGUUUCUCGAUAAUUGGAAUAUUCAGACAGCUCUUUGGCUCAAAAGGGUGUGUUACGAGCGAGCCUCCGUGAGUCCGACCAUCCAGACGUUCAUUCUGUCGGCCGUCUGGCACGGGGUGUACCCAGGAUACUACCUGACGUUUCUCACGGGAGUGGUGAUGACCCUGGCAGCGCGAGCCAUGAGAAAUAACUUUAGACAUUAUUUCAUCAAACCUCCCCAGCUUAAAUUAUUAUAUGAUGUUGUAACGUGGAUAGUGACUCAAAUAGCAAUAAGUUACACAGUUGUGCCAUUUGUACUUCUAUCUGUAAAACCGUCAUUCACGUUUUACAGCUCCUGGUAUUACUGCCUGCACAUUGCUGGUAUCUUAGUAUUAUCGUUGCUGCCGGUGAAAAAAGCUCAACGAGGAAAGAGUACACAUGAAAACGUACAGCUGGCACGAUCCAAAAAGUUCGACGAAAGAGAAAAUGCCUUGGAACAGAAUAGUGUUUCCACAACAAACAGUGUUUGCAGUCAGAGUCAAGAAACAGCCUCUAGACAUUCAUCACUCAGACAGUGAAGGGGAGAACGUGCCGACGCCUAUUUUUUCUAUGUUAACAGAAACCUCUCUUAGCACCUUUUCAGGGGAUUCGUGUGUGUUUGAAAAGAGGUGAAGCGGGGGAGGGAAUCGGACAGAUCGAGGCGGGAAGUUUCCUGGACGGCAGGUUGGAAAUGGAGUGAACAGCCCCUCCCGGGCCACGUCCCUGCGGGCCACGCCUUAUAUAAAAAUAUUUCCAUUACUUCAGUGGGCACUCAGGGCCUCAGCGUAUGUCCACGCGGUCGUGUGUGCCCUGUGGCUGAAUGUAUGUUGCGUGUCCCAAGGCACCGAAGAGGUGGACAGGUAAUUGUGUCAAUCUGGGAGAUGGAGAGAAAUUAACUUUUCCAAAUGAAUGUCUUGCCUUAAACCCUCUCUUUCCUGAAAUAUUGUUCCUAAACGGUAUUUUCAAGUGUAAUAUUGUGAGAACACCGCUUCAAUAUUUGAUGUUAUAUGCUGUCAAGGAAUUCUGGGGGAGUUUUGAAACAGGAUCUUGAAGAUGUGGAUACUUUAAAAAUGCAAUAAGCAUCUCAGUAUUGGAAGGGUUUUCCUAAAGUUAUGACCGCAGUACGUAGUGAAGCCGCAAACAGGACCAGAUGCCAGAUUAUAGGUAGCUUAUUUUCCUGGAGAAUUUAAUGACUUUGUGUCAGAGCCUGUCAAGGAAGACUUUCUUCUACAUAAUUAAAGGUUGGUAAUGGGAUAUUUUAAGCUUAUUUUCUUAAAAACAAAAUCAAAGUGAGAGAAGAUGAAGGAAGGCGUGAAUGCGGGCGGCCCCACGAGGCCUGGCGUAGAGCUCGCUGGGACGGGCACGGCUGCCCAGCGAGGGUGAUUACGUAAGACGUCGAAGUGUCAUAACCUUUUAUUCUGGUGGACGUGCAAGUGAAAUUUCUCCAGCAUAAGUUAUACAGAAUUUGAGGGAUUAUGAAAACACGAGUGGGGGCUGGUGUGAGGGCCGUGCCAGGGAAGUCACCGAGUCAGGGUGCUGUCUAAUCACUUCUUCUCCCUGACAGUUCACUUCAUAUUCGGGCAAGUUCCAGGGAGGUGAAAGCUUCAGCGGGUCUGGCCCCCAUUUUUAGAGAAUUAAAUCAAUUAGUUUCCAUACUCUUAAAUUCUUACAUUUAAAAAAAUGUUGCUCUUAACUCUUUUUAAUCAGGUUUAGAUUCUGUAAGUAGAAAAGUGUGCUUUUAUCUUCUAGGCCGUUUUCCCCAUAAUUAAUUUCACCUUGAAUCACUAGCUGUCCCUUUAGUCCCGCAGUCUGGUGACGGCCGCGGCGAGCUGGACACAGAGGAGGGGACAUGAGGCCACCCUAGGGCUCCUGCCACAGAGAGUGAAUCACGGGUCAUGGGGUGAGGGAGGGCAAAGGGGACACGGCCUCUGACCUCACCUUUAUUCGACCAGUUUAUUUCCUUUCUGCCUUACAUUUUUAAUGAAAUCCAAAUUGUCUAGCUAUGGUGAGUCUUAGUUUUGUCAUUAGUAAGUUUGCAAAUGAAGUUAAAAGAGAACAACUCUGUGGCUUGAGCUGCAUAGUAUUUCGUUUAAAGAGGAGCAGCGGGUGUACUGGGAGCCGCCGAGGCCUCAGUCAGCAAAAAUCUCAGUGUAUCUUUCUAGAACUUUAGAAAUAUCCUGGUCUUUGUUUAUAGAAAAUAUGAUUACUUUUCUAAAGGAAAAAAUUUUCCACCUCCUGAGGUUAGCCAUGCCCUGUCACUUCCCAGGAAAGGGCAGAUAACUAAAUAAAUUUUCUCUGUUUUCCCAUGUAGUGAAAUUAAGCUAGAUGUGUAAUGUGAGAUGAUGGAAAAGAGUAAUCAUGGGAAAUAUCUGCCCCCAAACGGUCUCCUCAGUUUAAUUAAAGCUGCAGAGAAUCAAAUCACUAUUUUAAAAAAGUAAACAAGUUCAGAGUUUAAGGGACAAGUCUAGGCAUGUCAAAAGUGGAAAGAGAAAAGCGUAAUAAAACUUUUUCUCAGCCCAUCUAGAUGCCAUUACAAAGUAAUAACUACUUAUUUUUAUCAGCUAUGUCAUUUCUCAGCCUGUGAACCUAAAUCACUGUUACCUGCUUCUUGUUCAGUGAAUGUACCCCAGGAAGGAAGGCGAUUAAGUAAUUUUCCAGUUACUUUGAAGACGGUCAGUCGGACUGAUCUUCAUCCCUUUGGGUCAGCCGGUGUUUUGUUUCUUUGUGUGAAAUGACUUUAGGAUAGCUAUUCUCUAAUUUUGUGGAAAGUAUCCUAAGUAUGUAACCUGGAAGAACUAAAGAAAUCUGAUUCUCAACGUGACUUUUCUUCUCAAGAAGAAACGCUUUGUGCUGUGUGAAACGACUCUAUCUACUUGGGGUGUUGUAAGCAUUAAUCCUUCCACUUAUAGUGGAAGAACUGAAAACUGGUGUAUCUCGACUGUGGCUAAGCAUAAAGGGAUUCGCUGUACUAUGUGCUUGCUUCUUUCUUUAAUCCACACAAUAAGAUUCAGUGCGGAUUUAUAUUAUUUCUCCAUUCCUCGGUUGUCACGAAACUACUCCAGAUGAUUGGUGAACGUCAUCAUCCUAGUACUCAGGGAACAAAAGGGGGAACAAAAAUGUUAUUCUUCCCUCAAUUUCAUUUCCUUGAAACAGUGACAGUUAAUUUGAUGUAUCUCUGCGAUCACCAUUUUACAAGGAGCUUAUUCCCCGAUUUAAAAAUAAACAUUUUUAUUGGAACUCAGGGUAAUUGGGGACAUUAGGCAGCUUCUAAGAUGCCAGCAGAGUAGAGAAGGUCUGUUGGGCUCUAACAAUGUCCAGCCACCGCUUACGCCACCACCACACUUUUGGUUUAACACCUUUGAAAUCCUAACUGUCCUGAGUGGAGAUCUGGAUGUUGGUCCGGCUCUGUAGUAAGGGACCUUGGGAUUUGGGCAAGAGGCUUGUGCUCUCCAUGAAACCUUAGUAAGAAAUUAAAGGAUCAGUUCUGAAAGUUUACAACCAGUCUGUGUGAUGAAUGGAAGCCAUUAGCAAGAUCUGUAAGAGUCACGGACAAAGGCAGAUUGGCACCUCAACUCCUGCCGUGGUCAUUUACUUUUAUUGCUUGAGCCCAAAGCCGGGACUUUUCAAAAGCAACUGUGGAAAACCUUUCAUUCCGUUAAACCAGAAGGCUGGUGGCACACCCUUUCUCCUGAUACCGCCCUUCAAAUGAGUCCUGAUCACGAAGUGGUCUGUAGUGAAGGAAACAGAUUUUCCUUUUGCUUUCUCUGCUUGUUUGUUGGUGUGAAAUUGAAGGCGACCUAUCCUAGAAAAUAUUAGUGUAAACCACCAAGUUUACUGGACAGAGUUUACCUAUAUAACUUCUCAAAUAUUAAUUCAUUCUAAGCGAGUUAAAGCACACCUAAUUUAGUUACACAUUUAACCUACAGAAGAUGUUAUGGUAAAACUUGGCCAUUAAAAUAAUGACAAACUUUAUACUUUUAGUUCAAGGACUAGAUUACGUUUAGGACAAAAACAGUCCUUCCCAUUUAAAAUUCAUACCUUGUAAAUUUUAGUUUGUAUAUUCACAAACCACUCUGGACAUUUAUACUUUUUGGUUUCCUUAUUAUAGACUUCAAAAUCAUCAGUCAGUUGAUGUUAAGGUUCUCUGUUAAAACUGAAAGAAAAAUUACUUGACAGAAUAGCUGUUCCAGGAGGGUGCCUGGUGUCGUGAGCGGAGGCUCUGUCCUUUACCUCUGAGUUUUACAUCGAAACCGGCCUUUGACGGAGUCUCGUCUGGCCACUAGCGGUCUAUCCUGGCUGAACUCGGGAGCAUCAGAUCUAACACCGGCACGGAACUCUCCGUAAUGCCGUGACCUGUCUUCUCAGCUGCCCUCAAGCACCUCCUUACGCUCUCCCUCUGAACCAAGCGGACAUUUAACGGGUGGCCGAUCAUCUAUACGGGCACCGUAGAUGCGGAAAGUUCUUUCUGCAGCCGUCCUCGUAAAAGUGGGUUCGUGUCCGCGCACAUUCCAAAUGCUGAAGAAGAUUGGCUAAACUGCACCUGAAAUUUGGCUUUGAGAGAUCAGAGUGUAGAGCGUCUCCACAAUGUGUUUCUGCAGCACCACAUAGUUAAAUCUAUUUACAAUAACUCUCGUUACAGAAGAUUUCCAGUGAAAUUUUCCACAUUGGUAUUUUAUAGGAAUGCUCUUACACUCAAUGACUAAGCUGUUUUUUGAGGCUCUCAUUAUAUAGAGGACGCAGCUGGGUACAUUUUAAUUGGUGGGCUGCUUAUUAAUGGUUUUAUAUGUUUUAAAAUAAUAAUUUAUUUUAAUAGAUUUUUAACAUGGAAACCCCAGUAAACCACUGAUAAGCUCUAUAGGUUGGCGAUUGGGAAGAUUUUCAGAAAUGGAGCCAGAAGACACAUUUUAAUGCCGACUAAUUUAUCUGGCCUUUAUAAUUAAUUAUACCUGGCUUCUUUUAGAAAACCUUUUUAUAAAGCAAAACCAAAACAAAAUGAUCCCAAGACUAGAUGUUCUAGAUAGAAGAACUUAAAGAUCCGCGCACAGUCACUGCCUGCGCUUUCUCAGUGAUGCACAGCCAUCUCUCCACUUGGGUUUUAUCAGAUUUUGCUACUGCAAAAAGGGAAGUAAAACGAAAAACCAAAAGAUACAGAGCAACGUCAACAGAAUGACUAACCAUUUUCUUAAUAACAUGUCUGAAGUGGAAAGAGUGCCUGGCUACCUUUUACUGAAGUCGUAAAUAACUGUAUCUGACCAGUCUCGAUUUUGGGGUAACUUCUCUGAGAGAUUAAUUUGGUAGGAUCUCUUUUUUGCCCUUCACUGCUUAAGGACACACGUGAAGAGGGCUUCAAAAUAUGCCUCUUUCCCAAGUUUAAGUACUUUUGUUUCUGUACAUGCAGAUUUGUCCAUAGAGUACCUUUGCUCCUGACUUUCAGUCCCAGGGAGAAAGGAACCAAACACCCGACACAAAUGUGUUCCAAGCCAGUCUCCGGCCCUGUCACCUGCACGGCCGCCUCCAAACCAGGAGGGAUGACUGUACAGAUACUUAGGGGGUAGAAGAGAAAUGCUUCCGCGUGCAGAGGGAGACCGAGGGGUUCAUUCCUGCCUUCCAUUAAGAGUCCGGCCUUGACCUGUGCCUGGGAGUUGCUGGACGUUGUCGCCCAAACCCGAGGAGGGGGCCAGGGUCCGACACCCAGUUUUCACGACGCUCGUCUGCCUUCCCCGGGUGAGACUAGAAAGUGGCGUUCUGUGCUUUUUUUGUUUUUGUUAUUCCAAAAUAUUUUUUUAAAGAAGGGUUAUUUUUCAACAGAUCCCUAAAUUCUCGUCGUACGGUUCUCCGUCUGGACCUGCGCUGCGUCGGUUACACUGUCGUAUAACCCUCCUUUCCAGUCACCCACUGCUGGCUGACUGCUGGGUUUUACACGUGUUUGUAACUUAACGUGUGAAUGUUCUUUCCUAAUUUGUGCGUCUUUAAAACUGAUUAAACAGUAGUUUAAAAA